AAAGAGGAUCUCGUUUAAAUCUUUUUUCAGAAAGAGUAACAACCAUGCCAGCCUUGUAAGUUACGUGGGGCCAUAAAAUAAAAUUCCUUCCGUAACAGUGGAGGCACAUAGAAACGGUGGUAAUGAUAUCAGCAGUUAUUAAAAAAGUGGGCUUUGGUUGUUCAAAUUGGUCAUUGUUGGUGUCACUGUCCGUGUUGCUUCUGUCUUCACUCCUCCAUCUCCUUGAAAUCGAAAGAAAAUGAAAUGGGAUAUGCAGAUGGAAGAAAUCGAAGCCAUUCUCGAAAAAAUUUGGGACCUUCACGACAAGCUCAGCGACGCAAUUCACUUGGUUUCCAGAUCCCACUUUCUCACUUCCCUCAAAACCCUCAAAAACUCUUCGCCGCUUCCCAAUUCCACCGCUAACCCCGCUGCUGACACCUCGGGUUUCGUCUUCGUUAAGGACUCCGCCGCCGACGACGACUCCGCCGUUCGUGAAGCCAAGAGUCUCAACGCUAUACGGACCGCACUCGAGAACCUCGAAGACCAGCUCGAGUUCUUUCAUACUAUUCAAACCCAGCAGCGUGUUGAGAGAGAUGCUGCAAUUGCACGCUUAGAACAGAGCAGAAUUGUUCUUGCAAUGAGGCUCACAGAACACCGUGGUAAAAAAUAUAAAGUCAUUGAAGAAGCUCUUGCUUUUAUUGGAGAUGUGCAUGAUACAGGCUGUAUUGUCGCUCCUGAUAUUCUUCUUUAUGGACAACCAAACUGUUCGGCUGAGAAUUUUGCCACCGUGAAAGCGAAGAGAUCUAAUAUUCUUAUGAACAUUUUUGUCUCAAGUUUCAAUUUUGUGAAGAGAUCUCUUGGAUUGGAUCAUAUGGGCGGAAUAGUCGGAAAUGCUGCUUUGGUUGCAAUUAGCAUGAUAGCUUUGCUUCAUUUACAUCAGGUAGCUAAUCAUGAGCAGCCAUAUAGGCUAGAAGAUAAUGUUAACAGCAACAGAACAACCGUUAGAAGAACUAAAUUGGUUGGUUCUUCAUCUGAUGCUCAUUCCAGUAAUUUGGAUGUAUUGUUAGCUAGAGGUUAGAAUUAACCUCUACCUCUGAUAAAAUGAUGAUUGGAUUAUGUUUUCAGAGUGUUAUCUUUUUUUCUCCAUUUUUGUGCUCUGGGUCCUUUAUAUUUUUCCUAGGUAGCAAAGGAUACCUGAGACUAAGGCUAAAGUGGAGGCAAAACUUGUUGUCACUUGAGCUAAGGCUCUUUUGCGUCGUCUUGGUUUUUGAUGCCACUGGAAGCUUUAAAAGUGGCAUAACAGCUUGGGUUGUUUCCACCUGAAAAGUUGCAAUAUAUAUAGAUCGUGUUUGCUGGAUUCCUUGUUGAGGUGCAGAUGCUUGAAAUGUUAUAGUUAGUUGGAAACCAACACAAAAAGAUUCUUCUUUCUGCUAAGUAGUGUCAUCUAUGAUAAAGUCCUGCGCAAUUUUCGUCA